AGGCGGCCCCGGGCGUGGGCAGCAGGUUCCGUUGUCCUGCAUACCAGGGGGAGGGGCAGGCAGAAGCUGGGAUCAGGGACCCUGUGGAAGAUGGUUCUCACCAUGCUGGGGGCUCUGCACCCCAGGGCCGGGCUGAGCCUCUUUGUCCUGUACCUCGUCCUGGCAGCCGCGCUUCUCCGCCCCCAGCCGCUGAGGCCUCAGCGAUCCGUUCCUGAGGAGUUUUCGGCCCCCCUGGAACUCUCGGAGCCGCUUUCCGGCCUGGUGGACGACUACGGCGUCCAACCGAAACACCCGUGGCCUCGGGGGCCCCGACCCCUGCUCUCCCGGGCCCAGCAGCGCAAGCGAGAUGGGCCCGACAUGGCCGAGUACUACUAUGACUCACGCCUGUGAUGGGAACCCCUCAUAAAACUAUUCUGUGCAGCAAAA